AUGGUUCGUUUAGCUGGUGAAACCGAGUUUUGUUUCCAUGGCAUGUCGUCAUCUGACAUUCGAAAUCGAAAUUACUCUUUCGAGAUCAAAUUUGGCUCUUAUCAUCAGAAGGUCACCAUUACAAUGAGUCCAAUUAAUCUCACGAUGAACACACUACGCGAAGUGGCCAUACGGUUCAUUGAAACAAUGUGUCCGGAUCAGAAUAUCAAACAUUUACAAAACCGAAUAUUGUUAUUCCGACAUGAACCAUCUGCAUAUGCAACGAUAAUACCACUCAAACCAAAAGAUAUUCUUGCGCCGGAUACCAUCGUUGAAGUAAUUAUAUCACCAUACAUCAUGAGUGACUGCACGCGUCUCGUUCCACAUGUCCUCAGUUUACACACAUAUUUAUCACCAACAUUUUGUGACUUAUGUGGACAAUUUCUCUUCGGUCUUUAUAAACAAGGAAUGAAAUGUGAAGGAUGUGCCCGCAAUUUCCAUAAACGAUGUGUAUCGGAUUUGCCCGAUAACUGUUCGCCUAUGGCAAGAAAAAUAUCCGAUGUGGCAUGUUCACACGAUGAUGAUGUUACCAAUGAUGUCAAAAAACGUUUAACAUUAACCGGCGCGGAAUUACCUACUGAAUUACCACAUUGUUUUUACGUUCAUAGUUAUCGUUCUCCAACAAAAUGUUACAUUUGUAAACGUUUACUCAAAGGUCUCGUUAAACAAGGAUACCGGUGUAAAGAUUGUAAGAUAAGUGCUCAUAAAAAAUGUAUUCCGAAAGUAACUAAAAAUUGUCGAGGAAUGGCAAUGCAAAACAGUAAUCAAGAUGAUGAUGAAUCAUCUCGUGAUACCAGUGAUGAUUUAACAGUUAAUACUCGAUUACGAGAUCUUUCCUCAUCACCCAUUAAUUGUCCUCCAGAUGAAGAUGAUGAUAAUGAUUCUAUUCGUCAUGCAAAUAUUCGUGCACAACGUCUUAUUCAAAGUAUUAAACGUAUAAAAAAAGCUGAUGGUGGUGCUCUUUUCUGGGAAGGAUGGAUGAUUCAUACACUUGAUAGAGACUCUUCUACAGAAAAACAUUAUUAUUGGCGUGUCGAUGCUUCAUACAUCACAAUGUAUCAAAAUGAGACAACCAACAAAUUCUCUCGUGAAAUCGCUUUGGAACAUGUUCUUUUGCAAUUGAAUAUAGAUGAUGAAAAAGAACACUAUUUCGAGAUUCGCACUGAGCAACAUGUUUAUUAUUGUGGUUGUAAACGAACGAGAAAUCGACAAUACGAUCUCACCCAUUCAGCUCAACAUGCUCGAAAUGCUUAUACACAAAUCCGACAAGCACUUCUAGCAUAUAAUAACGAUGGAACUGAAGUUAAGAACGUUUUUACCAUUGUCUCAUCUCGCGCUCAAACUCGAGACAUCAAUGAACUGUAUAAAAUCAAUCCGAUCGAAGUUCUGGGCAGUGGACAGUUCGGAACUGUUUAUGGAGGUUAUUCGUUGGAAACAAAAGAGCAAGUGGCGAUUAAAGUGAUUGAUAAGACACGGUUUAGUGAACAGGAAGAGAAAAUUCAUCGCGAAGUUGAUAUUUUACAAGAGGUUUCGCAUCCUGGAGUAAUUAAAUUGCAUGCCAUGUUUGAUACACCAGGCAAAUUUUAUCUUGUCAUGGAAAAAUUACAUUCGGACAUGCUGGAAAUGAUCUUAUCACAACCAAUAAAACGUUUAAAUGAACGGCAAACAAAAUUUUUGAUUUAUCAAGUUCUUGUAGCAUUAAGAUAUCUACAUAGUAAAUCAAUUGUACAUUGUGAUUUGAAGCCGGAAAAUGUUCUUUUGGCACAAGCACAAGAUUUUCCACAAACUAAACUAUGUGAUUUCGGUUUUGCGAGAAUUAUUGGUGAAAAAUCGUUUCGACGAUCAAUCGUUGGCACACCUGCUUACUUACCACCAGAAGCAUUGAAACCUGAAAUUCGAUUGGAGAAAGGUUAUAAUCGUUCAUUAGAUAUGUGGUCAUGUGGUGUGAUUAUCUAUGUUUCAUUAAGUGGAACGUUUCCAUUUAAUGAAGACGAAGAAAUUGAAGAUCAAAUUCGCAAUGCAAAUUUUAUGUUUCCGGCCACACCAUGGAAAGACAUAUCAAAUGAAGCCUUGAGUUUUCUCCAAGGUUUAUUAGCAUUGGAUACGAUCGAUCUUAUUUCACAUCAUUUGCUUCAAGUGAACGCUGGACAUCGACUAGCAGCAGCAAGUGCACUCAAACAUGCUUUUUUUGAGGAUUAUCAGUUGUACUGUGAUUUACGUAAACUUGAAGACACAAGUGAUCGUGAACGUUGGUUGACAAUCCCGGAGGAUGAUGAUAAAUGGGAGCAAUAUGCAAAAGAGAAUGGUUUUUUUGGUAAAACUUCCGCAGCAUCAUCAUCUCUAACACUAACAUUUCCAAACAAAAACUAUUUAAAUGUUUAA